AUGGUAUUGAGCCUUUAUAGCUUACAAAGCUGGACAUGUUGCUUGUGGUGGCUCUACUCCUCGCUGCGGACGCAUACGGCCGAAGCUCGCGGAUUUUGGGCGGUGUCGAUUCGCCAUUUCGGUGCGGCGGAGCAUAUCUGCGCUGGGUCGAUCAUCGGGCGAGAGUGGGUCUUGACCGCGGCCCACUGCGUCGACGGAUUGGCCCCCGACGCUUUGAAAAUUGUGGCCGGUACCACCAAGUUGACUGGCGGAGGUCUUAGCCACCAGGUGACGGAGGUGGUUGUACACGAAAGCUACGACUCCUACUACGUCAAAAACGACGUGGCACUGCUGAAGGUGUCCACAAUAGAAUUCCACCCCAGGCUUGUCGCUGCCAUCUCCUUGGACCAUGAGGAGAUAGCCGCCGAGGUUCAGUGCGUGCUGAGCGGGUGGGGGAUGACGGUCUACCCUGGGCCGGUCAGCGACAAUCUACUCUACGUCAACUUAACAACGGCAAAGACGUCAUGA